AUGGCAGCAGCCUUCCGGCAGGGGCCGCGCGAGGGCCAGGAGGCAGAGAUGGCCCAGGCACUCCCCAAGGCCAGUGGCGCCCCAAGGCCGCGGGACCCCAGGCGGGGAGAGGGGGCCCCGAGUCCCAUGCCCCCAGAACCCACGACGGCGGGCGAGGCCCGGGCAGGUGGGGACGCUGUGCUGCGCCGUCUCCUGAGGCUACACCGCACAGAGAUCGCCGUGGCCGUGGACAGCGCCUUCCCGCUGCUGCACGCGCUGGCCGACCACGACGUGGUCCCCGAGGACAAGUUCCAGGAGACUCUGCGCCUGGAGGAGAAGGAAGGCUGCCCACGGGCCUUCCACGCGCUCCUCUCGUGGCUCCUGACCCAGGACGCAGCUGCCGUCCUGGACUUCUGGAGGGUUCUCUUUAAGGACUACAACCUGGAGAGAUACGCCCGGCUACAGCCCAUCUUAGACGGCUUCCCCAAAGAUGUGGACCUCACCCAGCCCCGGAAGGCGAGGAAGCCCCCGACGGGCCCCAAGGCCCCAGGGCUGCUGCCCAGACCCCCCACCAAGAGGAAGGCCCCCGAGGAGCCAAGAGUCGCCCUGCCUGUGGCAUCGUCUCCACGGGGGACCUCCAGCCCAGGCUCCCAGGCGAAGGCCAAGCCGUCCAAGAAGCCCGAGAGCAGCGCGGAGCCACAGCGCCUCCCCCCGGGAACCGGAAUUCAGACCAUGGCCACUUCGGUCCAGAGGGCCGUGACGGUGUCGUCGGGGGACGUCCCAGGAGCCUGUGGGGCGGUGGAGGGGAUCCUCAUCCAGCAGGUGUUCGAGUCAGGUGGAGGCAAGAAGUGCAUCCAGGUCGGGGGGGAGUUCUACACCCCCAGCAAGUUCGAAGACCCCAGCGGGGGGAAGAGCAAGACGCGGGGCAGCGGCCUGAAGACACUGGUCCGGGCCAAGGGGCCCCAGGCUUCUGCCCCCGGCGGAGGCGAGCAGAGAGCCGGCCAGCAGGGCCGGGCGCAGGCACAGGCAGCUCCCGCCCUCCCCAGCGAGCCCCAGCCCCACCAGAAGAACGAGGACGAGUGUGCCGUGUGCCGGGACGGGGGGGAGCUCAUCUGCUGCGACGGCUGCCCCCGGGCCUUCCACCUGGCCUGCCUGUCCCCGCCGCUCCAGGACAUUCCCAGCGGGACGUGGAGGUGUUCCAGAUGCCUGCAGGCAAGAGCCCCGCCGGACCUGCCCCGGGCCGAGGAGCCCCCGCCCCCGGAGCCGCCUGCGGAGCCCCCGGUCCUUCUGGGACUGAGGCUGACAGGAGAAGGGGCGAAGGGACUGUCCAGGGAGACCCUGGUCGGGGUCGACACCGCCGUCCCCUACAAGCACCUGCCGGCCCCACCUUCGGCGGCCCCCUUGCCGGUGCUGGACCCCUCAGCCCUGCGCCCCCUACUGUGUGUGGGCCCUGAGGGGCAGCAGGGCCCCGCGGGCGCGCGGUGCGGCGUGUGCGGGGACGGAUCGGACGCGCUGCGGUGCGCGCACUGCGCCGCCGCCUUCCACUGGCGCUGCCACUUCCCCGGGGCCGUCGCGCGGCCAGGGGCCGUCCAGCGCUGCCGAUCCUGCUCCGGGGACGCAGCCCCGGCCCCCGAGGAGGGGGCGACUGCCCCGAACCCCGCCCGCGCUUUGCUAGGGCCUGCCAAGGCAGGGGACAGUUCUGCUGGUCACGAGCCGGUUCUGCACAGGGACGACCUGGAAUCCCUCCUAAGCGAGCACUCCUUCGACGGAAUCCUGCAGUGGGCCAUCCAGAGCAUGGCCCGCCCGCUGGCCGAGGCGCCCACCUUCCCCUCUUGAUCCAGGAUGGCUGGGGUCUGUGGGGCAGCCCUGGGGGAGGGGAGGCCCCCCGCCGACGCAGCCUCAGCUGAGAGCAGAGCCCUGCUCCCCGCUCCCCACUCCAAGUCAACAUGCCUGUGAGUCCCCGCUCGUGCUCACGCGGCCUCCUCUGAGCGGGCAGCAGGACACACACCCCAGCCCUGGGAUCCAGGUUAGGACCCAGAAAAAAGGAAAGUCCAGGUGUGGUCUACACUUGGCUUGCAGCCGCGACUUGUCUUUGUGCACACACCAGUGUUGCACAGACUCAAAUAAAAACCACUCUGGGGGGGGUUGACGUGCUCUCCCGUGGGGGGUGGGCCCCCUGCCUUUCCCGUGCCCCAGGCGUAGGCCGCGCUGGUGGCAAGGGGCGGGCCCGAGAAGCGGACAACGCGCUCCUUCUCUGCUGGCUCCUGUCCCCCGUCCACCUGCAGUGAGGUCCAGGCCCCCCCGUCGUCUGCUGCCCCCACGGCCCCGCUCCUGCGUCCCCAGAGCCUCGGGGACUGACAGCCUCCUUCCCUCGGGGCUCCCCGUCCGCCUCUGUUCCGUCAGACGUUCACCCGGGAGACUUUGGUGGCAGAUGGUCUGUGUCUGUCCAGGCACGCCGGUCCGAGGGGGCUAUCCGGCUGGAGGGACAGAUCGCAUGUAGGGGGCAGGUGACCUCCGUGAGGCACAAGCAGGUCCAGGCCGGGGCAGGAGGAUGCUGGGGGUGGAGGCUGAGGGGGCAGGUGGGGGACAACCACGGGGCCGGCGGGUCGGGGUGAGGGGGCCACGGGGCCAGCACCUCCCCUUACCUUCCUCACGGCGCAUGCUGUGGUCAGAUGCUGGCCCGUGGCCAGGGUCCGGGCCAGGACCCUGCCUAGGACACAGCGCCUGGGUCGGUUGUGGUGGAAGAAGACAUCGGGGCCAUCGAGCUCCCCAGCCGCAGGGACCCCAUGGUGGAUCGCCCCGACGGGGCGGGAGGGAGUGGCCACGGGCCUUGCCCUGCGCGGGCUGCUGAGCUGCGACCCAUGUGCUGACUUGGGACGGCGGCUCGCGAUCCCUCCCAGGGCAGCCCAGCCAGGGAGUGACAUCCGGGACAGGACUCGUGGCCUUGUCGCCUUGGGGGGUCUGGCUGGUUCACCCCACUUCUCCGGGGCCCCUCCAGGCCCCUGAUCCACACAUGGCCUUCCUAGGCAGCCCCUUGGGAACGGGCGGGAGGGGCUGG